AUGGAGAGAGCCAGAUGCUGGACUUGCUUAGCCUUUGAGCAGCAGUUCCAUUACAGGGUGUUCUUUGCGUAUAUGAGGUUGAGGGAGCAGGAGAUCAGGAACCUGAUGUGGAUAUCCGAAUGCGUUGCACAGAACCAGAAGUCGAGGAUCCACGACAGUGUCAUCUACAUGUUCUGA